GCGCAGCAUCAGAGCGCCGAUCCCCCCGCGGAAGGGAAGGCGUGUGAUAACCGUAGCGUCGUCACACGUUAAACGUUUGUAUCAUUUUUUUUUCUUUCUUCCUCCUCUUCUUCUUCUUCUUCUUCACUUGGCCAACUUCCAGCCGGAUAGAAAAAAAAAAAAAAAAAAAAAAAAAAAAAGCUCUCCGCCUCUCAACCAGCAUGGGUUAGACACGCCGCGACCCCGUGGAAACGUCCACUUUGUGCACUUGGAAGCGAGGAUGGGGGCACUCGGACGGGAUCACGCAUCCUGACAAAGACUGGAGCAUUUUUUGGGGGGAUUUUUGCAGCCUUUUGUCGCUCCUUUUUUUUAUUUUUAUUUUAUUUUUAGUUGCGGUCAACAUCACGCGUGUUUGCCAGACGUGGAGAAAUGUUGGCAGAAUUGCUUUGCAGCGCCGUGGCUCUGGUCCUGUAUGUCAACACUCUGCGUGCAGAUUUCUGCUAUGAUGACAGUCGUGCAAUCAAGACCAAUCAGGAUCUGCUUCCAGAAACUCCCUGGACAAAUAUCUUCUACGAUGACUUCUGGGGCACCUUGCUCACACACAGCGGCAGCCAUAAGUCCUACCGGCCCCUGUGCACCCUCUCCUUCCGCUUCAAUCACGCCGCCGGUGGGCUGGAUCCUUGGGGUUACCACUUGGUUAACGUGGGCCUCCACGGGGCGGUGAGCGGCCUUUUUACGUGGCUGGCUCACCUGCUGCUGGGGGGAGGCUGGUGGAGCCUACUGGCCGGCCUGCUCUUCGCGUCCCACCCCAUCCACACCGAAGCGGUGGCGGGUCUGGUGGGUCGGGCCGACGAAGGCGCCGCCUUCUUCUUCCUGCUGUCCCUGCUGUGCUACAUACGUUUCUGCAAACUGCGGGGCAACGCCGGCCCGCUGCGGCUUGUGGCUUGGUUCCUAGGCAGCCUGGGCUGUGCCGCAUGCAGCAUGCUCUGGAAAGAGCUGGGAGUGACUGUGCUGGCCGUAUCGGCCCUUUACGACGUCUGCAUUUUGCACCGAUUCAAGCUGCGACAGGUCGUCACGCUUCUUCAUAAGAGAAAUAAUGCCCAGCUGAUGGUUAAUGUGCUUCUGCUGGCAACCUGGGGCGCCGCCUUGCUGGCCUGCCGCUUCUAUUGGAUGGGCAACAAGCCCCCAAACUUCUCCAACUCCGACAACCCGGCAGCGGACUCCGCCUCUCUCCUCACCAGGACGCUAACAUUUCUCUACCUGCCCGCCAUGAACUUCUGGCUUCUCCUCUGCCCGAACACGCUCAGCUUCGAUUGGUCCAUGGACACCCUGCCUCUGAUCCGGAGCCUUGGCGACUGGAGAAACGUUCACACGCUCGUCUUCUAUUCGGGAUUGUCGUGGCUGGCUUGGUUCAGCGUGUGGAAGCAGCCGAAAGCCAAGAGAAAGGACAGCAACGGGAAAGCUCAGGUGUUUGCCAAUGGAAAGAAUGGCAGCAGCAAUGGACACAGUUACCAGGAUCAUGAGCAAGAACAUGUGAACAGUUCUUGCGUUGGCGCUCACAACGUACAGAACGGGACCAAAAAGCCCCAUGAAAGCAGGACUUCUCUGCCCAUCACUGAAAAUGUCGUGGCGUUCUCCCUCGGCCUUUUAGCUAUACCUUUCCUCCCCGCCACUAACCUCUUUUUCUACGUGGGCUUCGUAAUCGCCGAAAGAGUUCUCUACAUCCCCAGCAUGGGUUUUUGCCUGCUGGUCGCCGUGGGGUUGAGGUCUCUCUGCGUCCGACUGAGACACAAGUCCUCCAAGGCCUUGCUGGUUUAUGGCAGCGCAGCUCUGAUUCUGCUCUUUGGUGUCAAGACUGUUUUGAGGAACAGGGAUUGGGAGAACGAAGAGAUGCUCUACAAGUCGGGGAUUUCUGUCAAUCCGGCUAAAGCAUGGGGAAACCUGGGAAACGUCCUGAAGAACCAGGGCAAGAUGGAGGAGGCGGAACAGGCGUACAGAAAUGCACUUCAUUUCCGCAGCAAUAUGGCGGACAUGCUGUAUAACCUUGGUUUGCUGCUUCAGGAGAGCAACAAGUUCUCAGAGGCGCUUCACUACUACAAGCUGGCCAUUGGGAGCCGGCCAACUCUGGCCUCGGCCUACUUGAACACCGGCAUCAUCCUGAUGAAUCAGGGCCGCCUGGAAGAGUCCAAGCGCACCUUCCUCACCUGUGCCGACAUCCCAGACGAGAACCUGAAGGACCCCCACGCCCACAAGAGCUCGGUCACCAGCUGCCUGUACAACCUGGGAAAGCAGCUCCAUGAGCAAGGACACCAAGAGGAGGCCCUGUCCGUCUUUAAAGAAGCGGUAAAGAAAAUGCCGAGGCAAUUUGCACCGCAGAGCCUGUACAACAUGAUGGGAGAGGCCUACAUGAGACUAAACAAACUGGCUGAAGCUGAACACUGGUACCGAGAGUCCCUGCGAGCCAAGCCGGACCACAUUCCUGCACACCUCACCUACGGAAAACUGCUUGCUAUGACAGGGCAGAAAUCAGAAGCAGAGAAGUACUUCUUGAAGGCCAUCCAGUUGGAUCCCACAAAGGGCAACUGUUACAUGCAUUAUGGUCAGUUUUUGUUGGAGGAGUCCCGUUUGCUGGAAGCGGCGGAGAUGGCAAAGAAAGCUGCACGGCUCGACAGCGGGGAAUUUGAUGUGGUCUUCAGUGCAGCUCACAUGCUCAGACAAGCCAGUCUGAAUGAGGCAGCUGAGAAGUAUUACGGACAAGCGGCAAGCCUGAGACCAAACUAUCCGGCAGCCUUGAUGAACCUGGGUGCCAUCCUUCACCUCAAUGGGAAACUUCAAGAGGCCGAAGCCAAUUACCUGCGUGCUUUGCGCCUCAAACCGGACGACGCCAUCACUCAGUCCAACUUGCGUAAGCUGUGGAACAUCAUGGAGAAACAAGGCCUGAGGACCUCCAGCCCCUGAGCUCCUGGUGCUUGGAGUCUGUACUCACUGGGGGGGGGGAAAAGGUGGUCUUUUGCCUCCUAGACUCAUCUCAUUGACGAGGAAGACUCAAUUAGUGGCGGCGCCGACAUGCACCUCAGCUUUUGACAGUCUUGCCAGACGUUUGGUAGACAUUCAAAUGGAAUAUUGUACCUCCUUAACAACUACAGCACUUAGAAUUAUAACUGGGGAUUUUUUUUUCCAUUCUUUGGAAUGAAGAAAAAGAAAGUUUCCUCCAUCACCUCUAAUGAAUAAAUCGGACAAUAAGGUAUUAACUCAAAACUAUCAAUAACAAUGGAGACAAAUUACAUGAUGAUGAUAUUUGAUGAAGGCGUGAAAAAAGGGAAUUAAUUUAUUUACAGCAAUAUAGAAGUCUGGAAAGGUUGACGAAAAGAAUAUAUGUUGCUGAUUACUGUUUUCUCUAUGAACAUGUAGACAGGAAAUGGAACUAGGACCUAUGUGACAUAUUUAUUUUGCCUUAUCAGUAAAUAUUUGGAAAUUUUUUAGGAAGGGGGAAAUGGGACAAAAUUAGAUAAAUCUUUAAAUAUUUAAAUGUUAAUUAUGAUUAAGAUCAAAGACUUUGAUGUGUCAUUAAUGUAUUUGACGUAAAAUACAGGAUUUAUAUUGAAAUAAAUACAAAUAAACAUAUAUAUAUAUAUAUAUAUAUAUAUAUAUAGCCCUGCGAUGAGGUGGCGACUUGUCCAGGGUGUACCCCGCCUUCCGCCCGAUUGUAGCUGAGAUAGGCGCCAGCGCCCCCCGCAACCCCAAAAAGGGAAUAAGCGGUAGAAAUGGAUGGAUAUAUAUAUAUAUAUGUGUGUGUGGGAAAAAUCACAAGACUACUUCAUCUCUACAGAACUGUUUCAUGAGGGGUUCCCUCAAUCUCCUGACGAUUGAAGAAACCCCUCAUGAAACAGUUCUGUAGAGAUGAAGUAGUCUUGUGAUUUUUCCCACACAUACAUAUUGCGCUCUACCACGGUAUCGAACCCUAUUCUCUGGAUAAUCCAAUUAAGACAUAUAUAUAUUUACAUACAUACAUACAUACAUAUAUGUGCCUGCGUAUAAAAUUGUUUAUAAUAAUAUAAAUUAUUAUUUAUUGAAGAUCUCAUUAAUUAAAUUAAUUGUUAAACAAAUCAUGGAAUGAUUAAUUCAAUGAAUAAAUAGCAAAACUGUGAUAAAAUUAAAUUGUGCAAUUAUGAAAUUAAUAUUUAUUUACUUUAGCUUUUUUAUGGAGGGUCAAAUGGGGCAAAAAAAUGAACGAAUGCAUCUUUAAAUAAGGACUUAAGUUCAUCAUUUUUUAUAUUUGGACAUAAAUGAAUCAAUGUGUAAUUAAGUUGUUUAUUGUAAAAGUAAAGUUUUACAUUCAAUUAUUGACGAUUUAUAUUAAAUAUGUAUUAACAUACACAAAAUAAUAUUAGAAAUAUCAAUAUUUGUUUUCUCGAUUUUUAAAUCAUUACAUUGUGCAAAUUGAUUAAAUCAUUCAAUGAAAUAAAAUUUAAAAAAAUGCAAUAUUAGGUUUUGCAUUAUUUUAUUGAAUUAUGUAAUUCAAUCAAAAAAUUAUCAAAUCUUUAUUUUAUUGUCCAAUUAUUAAUGAAAUCACAGAAUCAAUAAAUAGAUGAUUAAAUAAGUACAUGUCAUUUUACAUCAAAUAAAAUAAUGACACAUUUAUGGAUUUGAUUGCAGUUAUAAUCAAAUAAUGACAUAUUUAAUAAAUUAUUAUAUACAUACAUAUAUGUUUAUUUUAUCUUGUCCUUCCAGCAUUUUUAGGCAGGGCAGUUAUUGACUUAUAUCUGCACUGCUUAAGAAACCAAGUCUCCACAGAACAAGUUGGAAGCGAUGCUGCUUGUGAUGACAUCACUUCCUGUAUACAUGUUGAUUGGAUAUGAAGGACUUUUCUAUCCCAACAGAAAAAAAAAAAAGGUAUUUAUAGCAAUUGCCAAUCUUUUUUUAACACUUCAAAGAUUUAGGCAAACGAGUUCCUUCCUGGGUGUUGGACUAAUGUGAAGUGUUUGUACAAAAAGAAUGCUAAUAUAUGCGCACAUGAUGUAAAGUCACACGGGAAGUUGAAAGUAGCUUUUGUCGGUUUGCUUCACCUUUUGUUGGCGCUGAAAUGUUUGGUCUGAGUUGUAAUGUUUGAUGUUGUAUAUUUUGUGUGAUUAACAUCCCGUCUUUUUACAGUCGAAAGAAAAUGUACAGGAUUUUGGCGCGAUGUCUACGAGUUGCUUAUCAUACAAAACUUCUUAGACAAGUCUGCCUCUUUUCUGCUGCUCGGCUCGGACACUCCGUAAGUAUGGCGCCAAAUCAGGUAAAAUGUUCUUCAUUUCCUGUUUACUAUUUGGCUCAUUGACCAGAGUUGCACGCUUCAUUAACUUUCUGCAGAGCUGUUUGUUGAAAAAACAAUAAUAUUUACUAUUUAUUUUAUUUCUAGAUCAAACCUAGUGAUGUAUUUAAUUCGGCAGAUAGAGAAUGACCAUCAUGAAAUGGUAACACAGUAUCAGUGCAGUGUCAAUGCAGCUAGUGAGUGUGCGCUACACUCACUAGAAAUAACCAAGCCACAUUGAAUGCAUCAGGGAGGAUAAGGGACCAACACAGGAGAGCAAGUAGGAUGAUACCUCGAUUGUUGGUUAAUCAGUCCUGUAAAAUCAGACGAAGACUCGAUCAUACAAAAACCAAAGCAAUUAUUCCAUAUUGAAUAUUAUAAUCUCAUUUAAUUUGGUCCAAAACACCCACCAUUAUCAACAAAAACACGCCAUAGAGAAUAAUUAUAGUUUUGCAAAUGAUACAAUGCAGAAACAUUCUUGAAUUUAAUAUUAUUUUUUACAUUCUUUGUGAAAGUGCUGGCACUCGCAACUUUCUUCGGCCCCACGGUGGAUUAGUUUGCAGUCAUAAUCAAAAAAAAAAAAAAAAAAUUAAAAAAUCAAAAGAAUAUAUAAAAAUAUGAAAAUCUAUGUUUGGGCACCGCAUUCUGUGGAAUGAUGUAUGAAAAGCGAAAGGGUGUGUGAAAAACCGGUGCAAAAUUGUGGCGGAAACAAUAAUAAUAAUAAUAAUAUCAUUUAUUUGGGAAAGAAAAAAAAAGCACUUUACAUUGAGCUACAGUGUAUUAAAAAAAUUAAAUAAAAAAAACAAUAAUAAUGCGAUAAUACAAAUAAAUACAGCCUAAUAGCUAGAACCAGUAUGCAUGUAUCCCUAAAAAGUUUUUUGUUUUUUUUAAAGAAGGGUUUUUAAGCCUUUUUUCCAAAAGCAUCCACAGUCUGUGGUGCCCUCAGGUGGUCAGGGAGAGCGUUCAACAGACUGGGAGCGGCGGAGCAGAAACCAAAUCAUACAAAAGUGAGGCAUAUAAAAUCCACUGUUUACUUCAACGGUUGACCUCAAGGGUUGCAUUUUAGGAUGAAGGGAAGCGAGGAAAAGAGGCCGUUUCAGAAAAAAACGGAGUGAAUACCGCAGCAAUAUCGCACCGGGUGGGUACAAGGAAAAAGCGGGUACAAGCCGUGCAGUGGAAAAGGGGCAUUAGAUCGUGAGUUAUUGUGUUGUGUUACCGUGGCAACAGAACCAGCUGGCACUGUGUUUUUACCCGCUAAAAUGGAAGGUGUGUGUUCAUUCUCAUCGGGCGACUCGGAGUACGUCUUAAAAGCGAGUAUAACGUUUUUCACAAAGUGGUGGUAAUCACAGUUCACACGUUUUGUUUAACAAAUUGUUUGAUUUGUUGGGUGAUGUACUACCUUUUUUUUUUUUUUUUUUAUUUUCCUUUUUGUUUUUUUUCUUGCUUGAGUCAAGUGUUCCACUCUGUGUCUCCGCUCAGGGAUUUCAAGCCGUGCAUUAUUGUAGACACAAUUCUUCACAGAGCUAAAUUAUAGAUUUAUUUUUGAAAGUGUUUGUACAUAUUUAGUGAGAUUUGUAACAUUUUCUCCUUUUUGUAAAAAAAAAAAAAAAAACUUUUUUUUUUUGUCCUCUUAUUUUCUGCCCUAAUAAAUUGAAGGUGUUACGCACUG